AUGUUGUCUACAUCUCUACUGCUCCUGCUGGCAGCUGCUUCUUAUGUGCAUGGUGAGGAACUGACUCAGCCUGCUUCCAUGACAGUCCAGCCAGGCCAGAGUCUCUCCAUCCAGUGCAAGGUUUCAUAUUCAGUUACGAGCUAUUAUACAGCUUGGAUUCGACAACCUGCAGGAAAAGCUCUGGAGUGGAUUGGAUACAUCUAUUCUGGUGGGAGUACAGCUUACAGUGAGAAACUGAAAAAUAGGUUCAGCAUCUCCAGAGACACUUCUACUAACACAAUAACAAUUGGAGGACAGAACAUGCAGACUGAAGACACAGCUGUGUAUUACUGCCUGACUGGUUUGAGUGCCCAGGAUUCUGCUGUUUAUUACUGUGCUAGAAACCACAGUGCUACAUAUAGAGAAAUAUCAGCCACGGUCACUGUGGGCUCUGGAGAGUUUAGCACAGCUUUUAGUUAUACGAUGUUCCUUCCAGUUCUGCUGCUGCUGGUAGCUUCAUCCUAUGUGGAAUGUGCAGUAGAGCUCACUCAGGACACCUCAGUGAUGUCAAAGCCUGGAGAUUCUUUAAUCCUCAGCUGUAAAGUAUCCGGUUACUCAGUUACUGAUAACAGCUACGCCACAGCUUGGAUUCGACAACCUGCAGGGAAAACUCUUGAAUGGAUAAACUACAUUUGGGGGGGUGGAAGCACGUAUCAUAAAGAGUCUCUAAAAAGCAAGUUCAGUAUUUCUAAAGAUGCCUCCAGCAGCACGGUGACACUGAGAGGACAGAACAUGCAGACUGAAGACACAGCUGUGUAUUACUGCGCU